AUGGCAGACGACGAAGGUGCCUCACCACGCGAGCAACUCAUGGAAUCGUGUCGGCGCAACAACACCGAGCUCCUCUCUACCUUAUUAUCCUCCCCACCACUCUCCAGCAACCCACAAGCCAUAGCCAACUUCCUCAACACAACCACCGACGCAUUGGGUUCAGGUGCACUCCACGUGGCGGCGCAGUACGGCAGCUAUGAGGUGCUAGACAUGAUCCUUGAUCAAGAAGGCGUCGAGAUUGACACUCAGGAACGGAGAGAAGGCGACACGUGCUUGCACAAGGCGGUCAGAUAUUGCAGCGAGCUGAGCAAGCAUGAGUGGCAGCAUGGUCAGGCGGUGGUGGACAUUCUGGUAGACGCUGGGUGUGAUCCGCGGCUACGGAACAAAGCUAAGCUACGCCCCGUUGACCUCGUGGACCCGCGCAACAAGGACCUACGGACGUCGUUACAGAAGGCAGAGAUGACCAUCAUGGCGGGCAACGAUGCUGUAGUCGAGGAUGACGAUGAUCGGCCAAACGGUCCUGGUAGUGAGAGCGACUGA